GGAGAAUUUUCUCAACAAGAGGAAGUAUCAGAAGAAAACCCCAUACCAACAGCUUGGCCACAACCCCCUGAUGUUAGUGCUGAAGCUAAAAGAUUAGUAGUUGAUACCAUACAGCAAGUUCAAAAUGAUGGUGAUGAUGAUAAUGAUGAAGAUGAUAAUGAUGAUGAUGAUGAUGAUGAUGAUAAUGAGGAUGAAGAUGAUGAAGUAGAAAUAGAAGAAGAAAUUAAGACUGAAGAUUCGCCUAUAAACUCUACAAGAGAUACCAGUAAUGAAGAACUAAGACAGGACAGUAGUGAUACAUAUAGGCUAGACUCAAAGCCACAAGAGAAGAUAAUAAGAGAAGUUAUACAUGAAACAAGAGAAGUUGUAGAUCAAACUGCUUUAAAAGAUCUGCACAACAACAUCAACUUAAUAGUACAAGCUAUGAAGGCUCAACAAGAGCAGAUUACUGAGUUACAAAAACAAUUGAUAAAUCAACAUGAUAUACAGAUUAACCUACAACAUCAACAAUUAGAACAUGUCCAGUUAACACAACAAGGAGCACCAGCUAAUUUAGAAGAACAUCUUGGCAAAGUUGAAGAUGUUGUUACUUCUAGAGUGGAACGUGCCAUAUCUACACAUCUUCAAAAUGAAAACCAGAGAUUGAAAGAUUUAAUAAGUGAGAUGGAUAAUAGACAUAAAAGAGAACAAAAGUUAUUACAUGGAUCUAUAAUAGAAACAGUGGGUUCAUCUGUUACUAAAGGAUUAGAUAAAUCAGUUAGAGCUGAAAUCAAACAGACUGUUUUACCAUGUGUGAGUCGUACUCUUGAACCUAUAAAAGAACAACAUCACCAUGAGUUAGCUCAGAAACUGUCAGCCACAGAUUCUUUAUUAAAAGAUAAUAUAGCUAAAAUGGUUCGCUCCAAGCAAACUGUGGAAGCUAUAGGACAGGCAGCUGGUAAUGCUAUACAGGCACCAAUACAAGCUGCUUAUAGAGAGGCUUUUCAAAAUAUGGUGGUACCAUCCUUUGAAAGAGCCAGUCAAAACCUGUUUAAACAAAUGAAUGAUACAUUUUUCAAGGGUACAAGGGAAUAUACUAAUCAUUUAGAAAGUCAUCUUGAACAAGUUCGUAAACGUCAAUCAGAAUGUCGAGAUCCAUUGUUAUCACAAUUACAAUCAAUGGUUGAUUCCUUCCGUAGUUCAUCUGAAUCUUAUAAAUCUCAAGUAUUAUCAACAGUUCAAACAGAAUUACAAUCUCAUCUUCAAACAUCAACAGAAACCAUGCAAGAGAGAUUACUACAGCACAUAAGAACAGCUGUAAAAGAAGAAGUGAGUUUGGCAAUUCGUGAACAAAGUGCAUCUAUUAAUAGUCAAUUGAUGAACCAUUUACGAUCUGGUGCUGCUACUCCAAUUCAAGUCUCUCCAGAAUUUGUUUCUACCGUCCCUACACAAGCUAGUGUGUCUAAUUUACUACACAAUGGUAAAAUCAAUGAAGCCUUUCAACAGGCAUUAUCAGCUAGUAAUUUAGAGCUAGUUGUAUUUGUUUGUCAGAAAGCUAAUACCAGUGUAGUAUUUAGUACACCUAAUGUUCUAGAUCAGCCUGUAUUGUUAUCACUCGUACAACAGUUAUCAGCUGAUUUACAUUCACAUGCAGAUCUUAAAAUCAAAUAUUUAGGAGAAGCUAUAAUGAAUCUUGAUACCAAAAAUCCAGUAACCAGAGAGCAUAUGAAAUCAGUUUUAUAUACUUUAUUAAAUAAACUCAGAACCUUUACACCUUCCCGACCUAACGACCCAGUUUCCAGAUCUGUUAAAAUGUUACAGUUGGCUACACAAUCACUUUUAUCAUCAUAAAUACAGUGCUCUUAAGAAAAUACUUUUCCCGUAUUUUGAUAUUUUCAAAAAAAAAAGUGAAACAUAAGGCAUAUGUAUUCAGUCAUUUGAAAUGAAGAGAAGAAUGGGCGAAAGCAUGUGCCAAAAUAUGUCUUUUUCUGUUUAUUUUUAUUACGCAUUAUUAUUCUAUAGUAAAAUAAUUCCUUUUUUGUUAUUAAUCCAAUCCAAUUACAUGAUAUUGUUGGAAUGAUACUUUGAACAGCAGGGUCUGUUUUCCCUUUUUUUUUCAUUACAACGAAAAUGUAGAAUAUUAAUGUAUAAACCAUGUUUAUUUUUAAUUAUUUUUUGGCAUAAAACCAUAUUGCAGUUAGUCUGUGCUAUCAAAAACUUAGAUCUGUAAUCCAAUUGUCUAAUUUUUUAAAUGAUAUUUGUAUAAAGGAUAUUACUUUGUAUUUUAUUUUCCAAAAAUGAGAAAAAAAUGAAAAUAAAAUGUAUGCAAGGUC